AUGUAUGGUGAUCUUGCAAACAAACUAGUUAAUGAAGCCAAAAGAUCUCAAAAUUUAGAAUCCAUACCAUUAUAUCAAGAUGAAUUAGUGAGAAACAUUGUUAAAGAAACAAAAGAUUUAGAAAGACAAGCAGAUAUUCUAAACUUAGAAGUUGAUGAAUCCAAUAGGGCAGAUCAAUGUCAAUUAUUCGUGACCCAUCUUUGUAUGCGUCGAAAUAAACGUUGUUUAUUAGCUUAUGAAAAACUUCGAGCUGAAAAACUAGCUCAAUUAGCUUGGGAUAAUAAAGAACCAGAAUUAACAAAUCAUAAUGAAAUUGAAUACCUAAGAGAAUAUUCUGAUUUAUUGAUUGGUUAUAAAAGUGCAUUCCCAGAGAUUGAUCUUUCUGGUUCUUUAGAACCACCUAAAGAUGUUUUCAUUGAUGUUAGAGUUAUAAAAGAUGCUGGUGAAAUUCAAACUGAAUAUGGUGUUUUCAAUUUAACAAAAGAUUCACAAUUUUUUGUAAGGAAAGCUGAUGUUGAAAGAUUAAUACAACAAGGAUAUCUACAAAAAUUAUAA